ACUUUGUCUCGAGCUCUUCGCGGAAUAUCGACCAGAACAGCUACUAGGAAAGAAACUGUUGGAUCUGCACUGCUUGCUGAAAUUUUCAUCAUGGGUUCAAAGGUUGUUAUAGUGGCUAUGUUGCUCGUGGUGUUCUCCAUCGGAAUCAAAGCCUCUGAUCCCGAGCUCACCAGGGAUUACUCGGCGCCUACCGGGAUUGAUGGCAACUACUUCAAGUCCACCGUGCUGAAAGGCGUUCCCACCGCAUCAGCCAAAUUCGCCACUGUCACUGGACUUAAUCAGAACAACUUCCCUGCUCUCGUCGGAUUGGGGGUCUCGUCUGCACUGCUGCAGUUUCCUCCUGGGAGCAUCAACCCGGUCCACUACCACCCACGCGCUUCCGAGCUCUUCUACGUUAUCCAAGGUUGUCUGGAGGUCGGUCUCGUGGACACCAUGAACAAGCUCUUCACCGCCACAAUCUGCGAAGGAGAAUCUUUCGUCUUCCCCAAGGCGAUGACUCACUUCCAGGUCAACAAAGGAAAUGUCAUUGCUAAGGGAAUUGUCGCGUUCAGUAGUUCCAACCCUGGUACCAGCAGACUGCCCAACGUUCUCUUCAAGUCCGGAAUUGCCGAUGAGCCUCUUAUGAAGUCAUUUGGAGUGGCCAAGGUCACCAUCGACGAACUGAGAAGUGGCGUAGUUAACUAAAAUUGGUUUUAGAAUUAGUCCACUUCGACUUAGCAUCUAUCCAACUCAGAUACGUCCUUGGAAUCAGAAUAAGAGCCUGCUACUAUUCAAUUCCAGCAUAUGUCAGAUUAGCUUUGUUUCCGUCUGCAAUCCCGCUGAGUUUUUAUUGUAAAUUUUGCAGUCGUUGAUUCCGACCUGAAAGGGUGACUUUUGAUGGAUAUCACACCACA